GUAGAGUCAGAAUUUUUCAAAAUAAUAUUACACCGGGAAACACACAUUCAAUGCGAUGCGCAUUUGACAUUUGACAGAAUCACGAGCACUUAUUUUGAAAAUGGUCAACCGGAAAACAUUUACCAUAAACAUGGCGGCGCGUAAUCGUAAUAGCGCUGGCUGUUGGAGUGCCCCAGAGGUUUAUAAACACCACGAACAGCGAAGAGUAUGCAUUUCACGGCCAAAGUACAGGGAAGGAAGGAAAGCCAAAGCAGUAAAAGUGUACACCAUCAAUCUAGAGUCUCGUUACCUGAUGGUCCAAGGGGUCCCCGCCAUCGGAGUCAUGCCAGAGCUGAUCCAGCUGUGUGCGUUGUACGGGGUCGUGGAGGAGUACAGACCCCUGGAUGAGUAUCCUGCUGAGGAGUUCACAGAGGUCUACCUGGUCAAGUUCCAGAAACUCACAAGUGCAAGAGCAGCCAAGCGACACAUGGAUGAGAAGAGUUUCUACGGUGGCGUGUUGCAUGUGUGCUAUGUCCCAGAAUAUGAGACUGUGGAGGACACCAGGCUAAAACUGCAGGACCGGAGGAGAUAUGUAAUACGGACUACUCAGAAUAAAGCAAGAGAAAAGAUAAAACAACAGCGGGAGGAGGAGGAGGCUACAACAUCAGAAACCACCACCACCGCAACAGACAGGAUCCCUGAUAGAUAUGAGAAAACCUCUGACACCAGUAAUACAUGGGAGCUGCCAAACAGCAACCAGUUUUCAAGCUUUCCUCCACUUCCUUUACCUCCACAAGAACAUCAAUACUAUGGACACGAAAAUCAACAGGAAAGUAUAGCAACAGAAGAUAAAAUGGGGACAUUGCAUAAUGCCUUUGUGGAUGUACAACACCAGCUGGGUCAAAGUUCAAACUUCAGUCAAACCUCAUCAGACAGAGACCAAAGAACAGAGCACAGACUGACCACAAAUCCUACAUCUGCAGUCAGAUUUGUCCCAAGGAAAACAAACUUAGAGAACAGGAAACGCAAAAAGGAAGAGGCUGUGGAGAAUUUAUUGGCUGAUGUUUCUGCAAAAAAUGAACCUUUUAUUGGGCCAAAGCUGCCUGAACCACCUAAACUGGACAUGGAGGAUGUGUCAUUGAACACAACUGUCAGCUUGAUCAGGAACACUAUGAAACAGGUAAUGUAUCUUUUGUAUUGUUUGAAGCAAGUUAAAACAAAAACAAAUCGAAUCGAAUUUAUAUUAUAUAGUCACAAUUCCUGGUGGAAAAAAUCACUUAUCUUUUUCAGGUGGGGUCAGUUCCAGAUAUCAAACCACUGGAGAAAAAGAUUAAACCACGUCGCAGGAUUUGAUCACACCAGUUGUCUUUUUGCUGUAAAUGUUUUGUGUUUUUAUUUUGAUAUUUAGUUUCUAACACUUGCAUUAAAGAGGCACAAAUACAAA